GUGUUGUAAGGUGGUGGCUAGCGUCUUUCUCACAACCAACCACACCGAAACCCUACUUCUCAAAGUUUCUGGCAGAUUAGCCAUAUAGAACAACCUGAGAACUGUUCAGAUAAUCUCUUCCAAGGAUGAAACCUGAAAAGCUAUACGGAAGGGAUGGUGGACCUUUCAAUAUCUCAUCAAAUCGGUUUCACCCCAAAACUUACGGAAGUUCCUUGUUCAGACAGAAGGGUGCUAGAAUUGCCAGUGUGAUCGGUUUAAUAUUUAUUGUCUUUAUGUUUUUCCAUGGCUCUUUCUUCUCAGCUGUCGAGCAAAUACCCUCUUCCUUGUAUACGAUGAAGGAUGAUCCUUCUUACAAUUACAAGGAGUAUGACUUACGUGACUUAAUGAAUGUAAAAUUUACUGGAGACUACUCUAAAAGCGGUCAUAUUCUCAUUUGUGCUCCUCUUAGAAAUGCUCGGGAUCAUUUGGGUAUGUUUUUCGAGCAUCUGCGGAACUUGAGCUAUCCUCAUCACUUGAUUGAUUUGGCGUUUUUAAUUUCUGAUACUAAUGAUGACACCUAUGACUCUUUAAAGUCUAAACUGGAGAUUAUUCAAAAAGAUGAUGAUCCAAAGAUGCAUUUCAAUAGUGCAGUCAUUUAUUUAAAAGACUUUGGUGCUUUAGUAGGUCAGGAAUUUAGUGAUCGACACGGAUUUGCUGCACAAGGUCCUAGACGUAAACUGAUGGCUCGCGCACGUAACUGGUUGUUGUCCGCUGCUCUCAAGCCAUAUCACUCUUGGGUUUACUGGCGUGAUGUGGAUGUUGAAACUGCCCCAAGAACCAUUUUGGAAGACCUUAUGCGUCAUGAUAAAGACGUUAUUGUACCCAAUGUAUAUCGCCCUCUUCCAGAUUGGUUUGGUACCACUGAACAAGCUUAUGAUUUGAAUUCUUGGUCUGAAUCAGAAACGGCCCUCCAAUUAGCUGAAACACUUGAUGAAGAUGCUGUUAUUGUUGAAGGAUAUGCUGAAUAUGCUACGUGGAGACCUCAUUUGGCCUAUCUUCGUGAUCCUAAUGGCGACCCUAAUUUCGAAAUGAGUUUAGAUGGUAUUGGUGGUGUCUCAAUUAUGUCUAAGGCAAAGAUCUACUUUGAGGGAUGUCAUUUCCCUGCUUUCUCAUUUGAACGCCAUGCUGAAACUGAGGGAUUUGGUAAAAUGGCCAAGCGCAUGGGCUUUUCUGUAGUUGGCCUACCUCACUACGUUAUUUGGCAUAUCUAUGAACCAAGUGAUGAGGAUAAAGUUAUCAUGGCCGAAAUGGAGAGAGAACGGAAGGAAAGAGAGGCAGCCGAAAGAGAAGCGGAAGCUCAAGCUCAUCGUGCUCAAAGUGCGACUCAGCGGUAUAAUGACGAUGGGGCUGAAGAAGGUCCUUUAGCUCAUGGUAAUGACCAAAGUUCCUAAACAUGUUUCAAAACGAUAAAAAGUGCUUUUAGUCGUGAUAUUUUACUAGUUUUCUAGAGGCGAUAAAAGCGCAAAGCUUACUUCUCUAAUUAUUUUACCAGCAUAUUAUGUUAAUAAGCGGAUUCAUUUACUUCUAGAGUCUUUCUUUUACUUGUCUCAUAAUAAUUGCCUUUAUUUAAUUGCUUGUAUCCAUACGUAUUUGAUAUAUCUUACUGGGUAUUGUACGGCAAGCUUUUAAGUCAAAGUUAUAAAACUAUAGGUUUCUGGAAACGCUCCACAGAGUAUAGAACAAAGAAGCUUACGCUGGUGCCUAUGUAUAUGUUUUGACUGAAUUUCAGUUAAUUUACCUUUUUUUGUUUUAUUUUUCUCCUUUUUUGAAUGCAGUAAAAAAUGUCGAAAUUUUUUAUAUAAGAUAUAGGUUUUUUUUUUUUUUUUUU